AGGAGCGAGGGGCAGCCAAGAGGCACAGUGUUCGGCUAGCUCAAUAGGCUUAGAGGUAGCUAAAAAAAAUAUCGAAAUCUUGAAAAAAAUGAAACCGACUGAAUAAGACUUAUUAAAAAACCGUGGCCGAAGAGAUUUCAUAUAUUGCCACGUCGCAGAUCUUUGUAAUAUACAGCAAAGAUUAAAGGCAGUGGAGAAGAGAGAGAGCUGUGUCAUUGAGCAAGCAGGACACGUCAGGAAAAGAGAGAAAAAAAGCUGACCGACUGUACUGUACGAGUCAGCUAUCAAAUCGCCCCUCAUCAGCUUUCCCUGCCAGACAGUUUUGUCAAGGACAUCGUAUCUACCCUCAACCCGAAGGGAGGUAAUCUACCGAGCCAUUGCCGGGAUCGAAAGUGGUAACAGAAGGACCUAACGAUCACGGGAUAGCAUUUGUGUGGGGGGAGAAAACAAAUGGGGGAUUACGGGUUUGGAGUCCUAGUUCAAAACAACACUGGCAACAAGUCUGCAUUCCCUGUCCGAAUCCACCCGCAUCUGCAGCCCCCACACCACCAUCAGAAUGUGUCGCAGAGCCCUGCUGCUUUCAUAAACAGCACUACAGCCGCAGGGAAUGGCACCACGGGAGGCUCUCCCUGGCUCUUUCCUGCCUCUGCCACCCACAACAGCAUGCAAGACGAAAUUUUGGGAGGCUCAGAGAAGCCCAAAGCACAGCAGCAACAGGAAAUGCAAGAAACGCAAGAAAAGCAGCAGCAGCAGCAGUUGUCCCCUGGGAGUCACCAAGAGACUGGAAGUGGUGGAGGGAUCAUUUCAGAACUAGAGAAGGCCCGGUCAGAGGAAGGCAAGACGGAUAAUGGCACAUCCGAAGGGAGUAACGGGAAAGAGAAGCAGCUGCGCCUCGAGUCACCGGUUCUGACAAACUUCGAUUACCAGGAGACCUCUGGUCUGGGAGGAACUGGUCCAGUUCAGUCUAGUACGACCUCGUCAUCCCUCACUGGCUUUAACAACUGGUCGGCCGCCAUUCCACCGGCACCCUCCACCAUUAUCAAUGAGGAUGUCAGCUUCUUCAACCCAGCUUCUGCCAACAAUGGGCCACUGCUGUUCCAGAACUUCUCCCACCAUGUGAGCCCUGGGUUCGGCGGGAACUUUUCCCCACAAAUCGGACCCGCAGCAGCUGCUUUGUCUCAGCACCACCCCCCUCCCCCGCCACACCCCCAUUUCCAACACCCCCACAACCAGCACCAGCAGCACCGGCGAUCACCGGCCUCCCCUCACCCACCGCCUCCCUUCCCGCACAGGAACGCGGCCUUCGGACAGUUGCCACAUCUGUCCAACAGCCUAAACAAGCCCCCGUCCCCCUGGGGUCCGGCAAGCUACCAGAGCCCCUCUCCUUCCCCUGGCUCCUCUACCUCCUGGAGUCCUGGGGGAGGCUAUGGCAGUGGCGGCGGUGGCUGGGGGGGGUCCCAAGGCAGAGAGUACCGCCGAGGGCUGAAUGGUGGAAUGACACCCAUCAAUUCCAUCUCUCCACUGAAGAAGACCUUUCCAAACAACCACGUGGCUUCCCAGAAGUACCCAAGAAACAGCCCUGCAGGUUUCAAUGCCAAAUCCUGGAUGGAUGAUGGUGUGGGCCGCAAUGAUAACAUAUUCCCCUUCCAGGAACGUACCAGAUCAUUCGAUGGCUUCAACAUGAACACCCUGGAGAGCUCCCUGAUCGACAUCAUGAGAGCAGAGCAGGACACCCUGAAAGGUCGGCUGGGCUUUCCCCAUCCGGGAGGGGACAACCCUCUGCCCCUCAAUGGCCACUCCUCUCUGUUCCCCAUGGAGGAUGGUUUCCAAGACGACGAGCGUGGCGAUCAGGGCCUGGCAGGCCUUGGAUCGCCACACUGCUUCCCUCACCAGAACGGCGAGCGAGUCGAACGUUACUCGCGCAAGGUCUUCGUUGGAGGGCUUCCUCCUGAUAUAGAUGAAGAUGAGAUAACGGCCAGUUUCCGCCGCUUCGGCCACCUGUUUGUGGACUGGCCUCACAAAGCAGAGAGCAAGUCCUACUUCCCCCCCAAAGGGUAUGCCUUCCUGCUGUUCCAGGAUGAGAGCUCUGUGCAGGCUCUGAUUGAUGCCUGCAUUGAGGAGGAUGGCAAGCUCUAUCUGUGUGUGUCUAGCCCCACCAUCAAAGACAAGCCGGUACAGAUUCGUCCGUGGAACCUGAAUGACAGCGACUUUGUGAUGGACGGCUCUCAGCCCCUGGACCCCAGGAAGACCAUCUUUGUAGGAGGUGUCCCUCGCCCUCUCCGUGCAGUGGAGCUGGCCAUGAUCAUGGACCGUCUGUAUGGCGGGGUGUGCUACGCAGGCAUCGACACAGACCCUGAGCUCAAGUACCCCAAGGGAGCAGGGCGGGUCGCCUUCUCUAAUCAGCAGAGCUACAUUGCUGCUAUCAGCGCUCGCUUUGUACAGCUGCAGCACGGGGAAAUCGAUAAACGGGUGGAAGUAAAGCCAUACGUGCUGGAUGACCAGCUGUGCGACGAGUGCCAGGGAACUCGCUGUGGGGGGAAGUUUGCCCCAUUUUUCUGCGCCAACGUCACCUGUCUGCAGUACUACUGCGAGUACUGCUGGGCGGCCAUCCACUCCCGUGCCGGGCGAGAGUUCCACAAGCCCCUGGUGAAGGAGGGAGGAGACCGGCCACGUCACAUCUCCUUCCGCUGGAACUGAGCAGACGAUGGAGAGGGAGAGACAGCAGGGGAACAGGAGGGAGGUAGUGCAGGAGUCGCAAAUCAUUGUAAAAAUAAAUGCACUUUUCUGUUGCUGGUUUCUUUUUAGAUUUAAUUUCGCAGAACCCUUUUUUUUUUCCUCUUUAAGUUAUGUGUAUCUAUAUUUUUUAGGGUAGAAAAGAGAAACUGGAAUUAAAUAUCCAAAUAUGUCCAGCAAGGAAAAAAAAAUUGGUUAUAUAAUUUUAUUUAUCCAUUUGAUGUUUUUAAAAAAAAAUAUUUAUGGACGAUUGGGUUGAGAGACGCUACUCUGCUGUUCAAUUGGCAUGUGAUUACCCUUUUCCUUCGAAACAAGACAUUGUUGUGAUUGCAAUACAAAAGGUCCCAGUGUAGGUAUUUUUAUUUGGCCUUCAAUCGACCCUUUAAUUCUUAGCAAAGCUUUCACAUUUUACCUUAUUGUGUGUCUCCAGAGCAAACGCAAUCCCUUUGGUAUAAUUCAUUUCCAUAUGUUUGAUUCAUUUUGGUUUUGAUACAAGAGGCUCCAGAGCAAAUGUGAUUGGAAGAAGGUGUUGCUAAAGAAGAGUGCACUUAUUUCCUAACUGCAGAGUGCAAACAGUACACAGGCCCUUAGUAGUUAACCAAAGCCAAAUCUCAAUUAGGGUUGAACAUUAGAUAGGAGAAACUGCAGAACUAAAUGGGCUUUACUUUCCUCCCAGAUCAAAAUCUUUUAACCCUUCUUUAAGUUUUAGAUCCAUGCUACUAUUUCAGCGUUACUUGAAAAAAAAAAAAAAAACAA